UGCCAAUCAGAACGCAGCGGGGAGGAAACAGGACAUUUAACAACCUUCCUGCAGGUUUUAUUUUAUCUCUGCCUCUUUUUUUUCCUCCUCCCGGACUCUGGUUCUCUCCGUCCCGGGAAAUAUUCACUCACAGACCCGCUCCGGUGUCUUUGGGAACAUUUGUAACACUUUAUAAGCUCAUCUUUCUUUCCUCUGCGUGUGUUUGUGUGUGUUUACAUCUGCGGGCACACCCUCUUCAGUCCUUACGCUGUUUCUGGACCUUUCCACUUCUCGCUCUUUUUGUCGCUUUUUAUCCUUUUAUCUCAUUAUAAUAAUAAUAUUAAUAAUGGCUUAUCCAGGAUACGGUGCUGGCCCCGGCGGAGUCGCGCAGGAUCCUCUCUACGGAUAUUUCUCAGCCGUAGCUGGACAGGAUGGACAGAUCUCAGCAGACGAGCUGCAGCGCUGCCUCACACAGUCGGGCUUCUCUGGAUCCUACAAACCUUUCUGCCUGGAGACGUGCCGACUGAUGAUCGGCAUGCUGGACAGGGACAUGUCCAACAGCAUGGGCUUCGCUGAGUUCAAGGAGCUGUCUCAGGCUCUGGGCGGCUGGAAGACGACCUUCAUGUCGUACGACAGGGACCGCAGCGGGACGGUGGAGGGCCCCGAGCUGCAGCUGGCCCUCACCACCAUGGGUUAUAAUCUGAGCCCUCAGGCCAUGAACAUCCUCAUGAAGCGCUACAGCUUAAACGGCAGAAUCGCCUUCGAUGAUUUCGUGAGCUGCUGUGUGAGACUCCGUGCUCUGACUGAUCAGUUUCAGAGGAGAGACACAACUCGAACCGGCCAGGCCACAUUCCACUAUGAUGAUUUCAUCCAGGUCACCAUGAACAUGUGAAGAACACAAACAGACGGGACACAUGGCGGCAUUUUAAACAUCUUCUCAUAUUAACAUCAUGUACUUUCACUGUGUUUUUUAUUUUUUAACAUUGUUAUACAAACAUAAUGUCACUUGAACAUUCCAUUUUACCAGGAACCUUGUAGAACCUGAUAAUGUAAUAACUUCCUGAUAAUGUAAUAAAGUGCGUUUCCCAAUAAUGUAAUACACUUUUUUACCAGUAAUAUAAUAAAGUAUAACACCAAGCACCUUUAGAUUUCAAGAAGCUGUUGAAUGUAUCCGUGUGUCGUCAUGGAUACCUCGUUUGUGAAAAACGGAUGGUCAAAAGUUAAUAAACAUUCAACUUUGACCUGUUGGUGGCGCUAGAGCUCUUGAGCUAGAUUUGAUACACAGUAUCACCACUUGAACCCAAGUAAUGUUAAAUUAUUACAAUAUUGGGGAAUUAUUACAUUAUCAGGACUUGGUAAAUGAAGGCUAACCUGAUAAUGUAAUAACCUCCCAUUAAUGUUAUACUUUAUUACAUUAUUGGUAAAAAGUGUUUUACAUUAUCAGGAAGUUAUUACAUUAUCAGAUUUUAUUACAUUUUCAAUGGACUCAAGUGCAGAUUUUUAUUACAUUAUCAGGUUCUACAAACCUUGUUUUUGUAACAAACUAAUGAAACUAUAGUAACCUCAAGCUGCACCAAUGACAAACCCCUAUGUGAGUGUGAACAUAACGUAUAAAAUAAAUAAAACACAAACAUGUCGUGUUCUCAACUGA